AUGGCCGUCCCUCCUGCUGUCUGCCAGUUCUCAGACCGUCUCGCCACCGCGCUCAAUGCUGCCCAAACCCAGGAGGCCAGCGCCCACGGCAAUCACCACCACACCCCUUCGUCCUUCUCCGGGACGUCUUCCGUAGCCUCGCACAUCCACGAUGGCUCCACACACCACGAACAUGGUCAUUACCAUGACGAUGGGGCCGGUGGACUGUGGACACCCGAAGAGCAUGGGCAUACUCACGAGCAUUUGGAACAUGCUGGAAAGUUUGCCGAGAGGGAUAUGCCCGACUACAGCGGAAGGAACUGGGAAGAGCGGGCUUUCACCAUUGGUAUUGGCGGACCUGUUGGCUCAGGAAAGACUGCCUUGCUACUGGCUCUGUGUCGAGGAUUUAGAGAAAAGUACAACAUCGCUGCUGUGACGAACGACAUUUUCACUCGGGAAGAUCAAGAGUUCCUCAUCCGAAACCAGGCUCUCCCCGCUGAGCGCAUUCGUGCCAUUGAGACCGGUGGAUGCCCUCAUGCGGCUAUCAGAGAAGACAUCUCGGCCAACAUGGGCGCUCUUGAGGAGUUGCAGGCUCAGUUCGAGACUGAGCUACUGUUUGUCGAAAGCGGAGGCGACAAUCUUGCUGCAAACUACUCGAGGGAGCUUGCAGACUAUAUCAUCUACGUUAUCGAUGUCAGUGGUGGUGAUAAGAUUCCCAGGAAGGGUGGACCGGGCAUAACGCAAUCCGAUCUCUUGAUCGUCAACAAGAUCGAUCUGGCACCCCAUGUCGGUGCUUCUCUCGAGGUGAUGCGCCGGGAUGCUGCUGCCAUGCGUGGUACUGGACCCACCCUAUUCACUUCAGUCCGCAACAACGACGGUGUGAGCGAUGUCAUGGAGGCUAUCAUCAGCUCCUGGAAGGCGAGCGGGGCGGCCAAGGUGUCUCAGAAGUAG